CUCUCUCUCUCUUAAAAUUCUUCUUUUUACACUCAUGUAUGAUGAAUGCACUGUAACUUUUUUUAUUUUUAUUUUUUCACUUCUUCUUAUUUAAAUUUAUUGUAUUUUAUUUGCUUAAUGUUUGUAUUUUAUAUUUUUAAUUUUUUUUUUUUUUACUAUAUAUUUUUUUAAAAUAGUGGCAUACUAUUUAAAUCUUAUUUAAUGCACCAUAAUUUCACUUCUAUAUUUUGAAUUACUGUUUCAUUAUUAGUAGUCAUGUUAAAAAAAAAAAAAAAAAAAAAAAAAAAAAACGUCACAUGAAAUAUAAUCUUGACUCUUCCUUCAGUCGUCACCAGGUGGCCCGGAGCUCUGAAGCUUCAAUUGAAAAUCACCAUAUUGGUGGCUAACAGAAUCUGUAACGAUCCACUCAAUCUGAUGUCUCUGAACAUCUAUAUUACGUUGUCACGCAACGGUUCAACUGAGCCACCUCAAAGAAAGCGGGCACUUCUUUGUGGAGUACCCCCAUUCGUCUCUUCUGCUGCCAAGAAAUGGAGCAAGCUGAAGAUAUUCGAAUCAAAAUCCUUCCGCCCUCUGGUGCCCCAGAAGGAGGCUGCAGGAAAACCAUUGGCAAAGGGAAUGCAGAAGACUUUCUCAAAAGCCUCCACGCUAGCGAACUUUCUCCCCACCGGAACCCUCCUCAUAUUCGAAACAGUCCUCCCCUCAGUGUACCACAAUGGCAGUUGCACUCAAACUAGCACUAUGAUGACCAUUGCCCUGUUAGGCCUAUGUUCCCUCUCCUGCUUUUUCUUUCACUUCACGGAUAGUUUUCAUGGAUCAGACGGUGAAGCCUAUUACGGUUGUGUGACUCCUAAGGGUCUGAAACUGUUCAAUAUUGGUAAUGAAGUGGUAGUGCCCGAUCACCGCAAGUUUUAUCUUGGUUUUAGGGAGUUUGUGCAUGCCAUCAUGUCUGUGAUGGUGUUUAUGGCUUUCGCGUUUUCGGAUCAUCGAGUCACUGAUUGUGUGUUUCCGGGGUUUGAGAAGGAGAUGUAUGAGAUGAUGGAGAGUUUUCCAUGGAUGAUUGGUUUUGUUUGUAGUAGUUUGUUUUUUGUAUUACCUGCUGCUCGAUCCGGUAUGGUGCGUGCCUACAAGAUUUAAGUUAUUAUUAUUUGAGUUUGAUCCUUGAGACGUAGAUUUAUUAAGAAUACAGUGUCUUGUGGAUUAUAUCCACUGCUUAUUGAUUGGAAAAAGAAAAUUGUAAACCUUAUUAUUGUGUAAUAAAAUAUUCAAAUUGCAUAACACCUUUCAAUUGGCAUUCCGGUUAAAAUACAAUGCAAUACAACACUAGCUUGUUACUUUUUUUCUUUUUUUUUUUUUUUUGUUUUUUUUGUUUUUUUUUCCGAAAAGUUACUAGCUUGUUACUUCUUGUGACAAUAAAAUUGAACGCGCAGAAGAGAAUCUAAUUCCAACAAAGAGUGCACACUUGCUUAAAGUCUUCCAUCAUAUAAUGGAUUUUUCCUUGUUGUCUCCCAAAAGGAGAAGAAUCCUUCAAAGUUUGAGGAAAUGGAGCCCAAGGCUCAUAUGGCUCCUCUAAUGGAGAGGAUGAUGAUGA